UGAAAAUAAUCAGCUGUUUCUGAUUGCCUGUCUCAUUUUUAUCGUUUUAGAUGGUUCUCACUCCCCUUCCUUUAACAAAUCUUAUGCACAAAAUACAACAGUAAAGCACUAAAUUCCGACGGCAUUGAAAGCAGCACUUGGAGGACCUGCCCCACCAGGAAACGCAGAGAACCAGUUUGCCCUGCAGACUUGGAGAGUUUACAAACAGCGUUUCAACAAGUCAAUCAAAAACCUUUUCAUGUUAACCUCAGGUGUUCUUUGGUUCUGAUUCUGGUUCUUUGGACUCGAUUUCCGGUUUGGCAUUAAAGGUUGCUGCUGGUGUGGACUCUCCUCUGCGGCGGUGGUUGCGUAACUCCGCGGGAUUCCCGUCCGUGCGUGUCUUCAGUGGCGCGUCCGUGGAAUGGAGGUGGGGGAUUUGCUGUCGGAGUGCGCCAAGUGCGCAGCUGUGCGCUGCGCGCCCAUCAGCCAAGCGCGCAGACUUCACUUCUGCAGCUGCAGAGACUCUCUGAGCGCAGAGCUGGCCUCUCUGCUGCAGGAAGCCGUGGACAUGAAGUGGCCCUUCGUUCCAGAGAAGUGGCAGUUCAACCCGGCCAUUGGUGCAGGUGACAAGACCAACCUGAGCGAGCUCAUCCGUGACCACCUCCCCAAGCUGCUGGCUCUUCUAAAGGCCUCCAUCAUGGUUGAUGAAGCUCCCACAGCUCUUGCAGUCAUAUUCUUGGUGGACCGCUUCCUCUACUGGACGGACCAGUCCAGCCAGCUGCUAAAGAUCGCCCGGCUGCUCCACAAAGCUCAUCCGGAGACGCCCAUAGCCCCCCAGUUGGUCAUACGGCAAUCCAGGGUGUAUCUGAACUCUGGAAAACUGCAAAAGGCCGAGUUCAUCCUGAGCAGUUUGAUCCAGAAUUGUGGAACAACAGGCUGUUGGACCUACCGGUCCGAGAGCGACAGGGCCCUGGUGCAGGCUGUUAGCGUUCAGGUCCGGGGAACGCUUCUGCAGAAGCUGGGGCUGUGGCGCGAAGCCGCAGAGCUAAUCUGGGCUUCUCUGGUCGGCUACUACGCUCUUCCUCAGCCUGACAGGAAGGGCAUUGGGACGUCCCUCGGUAUCCUGGCCAACAUUUUAGUGUCAAUGAACGAUGAAGACUUCCAUUCUUUCAGGACCAACCCAGACAUCCAUUUUCAACGAAUACUUGGAGACGAGCGACAUCGUCUUCUUUCAGCUGCACUGGCAGCCAAGAUGGCGGUGAUAUCCAGUCAGUACACUUCCCUUUAUGUGCUGACCAACGUGACCGCUCAGGGGACGUGUUUGUUGUCCUACAGUUUCUCCCUGGAUUGCCCAGACUCUCAGAGGAAGUCCUUCCUGCAGCAGGCACGAGAGGCGUUUGCCAUCGGCCUUCUCACCAAAGCAGAGGACCAACUGGUCACCAGCCAGCAGGAGCUGCACACCUUUAUCAAGGCCGCCUUCUCCAUCACCGUCACCCACAGAUGGCUCGGCGGCUCCCAUGAGGCGGUGCCCAAAGCAAGUCAAGCGUGCCAGGAGGCUUUGGCACUUUUUUAUCAAUACUGCAGAGCCAACGAUGAGGACAAAGACGGCCUCUGUGCCGGAAUCAUGCAUCGGGUCGCUGAGGUUAAGCUACUGCUGGGCGUGGUUCCCUUCCCCAAUUCAGAUAAGGGGUCUUUCAUCCCUGACCGCUACAGAGAUGUCAAUGAUUCCUCUGUCAGUUUCACCCUGGAGGAUUUCUCAAAGAUUCUGCUGAGAUUUCAGAAGUAUCACGCGUCGGUGUCUGAGGCCGCCGCCUCAGUUGUGGAGACUUCAGAGAAGACGCACAGACUGUGUUUAGCUGAUCUGGGAACAACCAUUGAGGCGUCCAGGCCAGAGGGCAGCGCUGAGGCAGCGGGGGCUCUGUGCAGCAGGUCCCUGCAUCAGAAAGCAGAGUUUCCCACCACCUGUGAAAGCGCUGACACCUCUUCCUGGCAGAAGCUGUCCAUGAGCAGCUCCUCUCAGCUCAGCGGCAAAGGAGACGAAGCUGACGUGAGCAAUGAGAGCUGUGCUCCCACUGAGGCUGAUGAAGACGGCCCAGCCAGUUUACAAGCUGCUGACAACUCCAAAGUACGUGGCUUUGGUGUCGCCUCAAAUGCAACAUCACCCAAAGCUUGUGGUGAUCCUGAAUUAGAAGAGGGGGGGAUAGAGACAGCUGAUGACGUUGGGGAGGCAAACAAAACCUCCGCCCGUGAAGAGGCUCCACUGUCUCUGUCCCAGCUGAUGCUCCAAACAACAUCCGGCUCCCUGGACGACAGUCUCAGCUCCCAGUAUUCGUGGGAAAAAUUGUCAGCCGACCAGUCAAGUUAUCCAUCCAAAGCAGGAAGGAGCCAAACCAGCAAGACUCCAGAUUCGGAUGAGAGUUUCUUCAUCAUGGAAACACACGAUUGCGAUCUUGUUUCCAAAUCAAAACCUCAGAGGAGCUUCGAAGCUCAAUCAAAAUCUCCAGAAGCCUCUUGCAGGCCUCCCCGGCCCAUCCCAGAUACAUGCAUUUCCUCAGAAAGCUCAUUUGAAAUGCUUGUGGGGAGUGAAGGCAGCAAGGCGGCUUCUGGGCCCCUCAACCCCAGCUGCCACAGCUGCCUGAACCCCAGCAAAGCAGCAGCGACCCCAGAGUUGUCCCUGCAGGACUACCAAGCGCUACUGGCUGGAGUUUGCCAUGCAUGUCUGCUCAGGAGGCUGCAGUUCGAUGAGAGAACAUUCAGACUCCACCAGCUCUCUGCAGCUCACGCAGGUGCUCUUCACUUAAAGUUCUCCAAGGAAGCAGGACUGUGGACUGCCAGAGAGACCUGUGUUUACAUUGGGACACCCAUUGAAAUGAAUGGCAAACCGCUGCAAGGCAGUCAGAGGGAAGCCAUAUGGGUCCAGUUCUUACACCAGGAGGAGAGGCUCAGCAGUUAUGUGGGGAAAAACUACCUGAAGCCAAGUGGAAUCCAGUUACACCUGAACGACGUGGAGAGGCAGAUGACAGCGCAGUACUAUGUGACUGAGUUCAACAAGAAGCUGUAUGAUAAAAACGACAUGGCACAGAUCUUCUACAUCCCUUCAGAGGCUCUGCUGAUUCUGAAUGGAAAAGAGAUUGUGGGCUGCAUCACAGUGGAGCCGUUCAUCCUCGGGAACUUUGUCAAACUGACCAACAACACCGGAAAGAAGGAAGAGCGCCUCAGUGCAACGAAAUACGGCAUCGCCUUUGGUCACUUCACGUACCUGCUCUCUAACUGCCAGGAAGUUGUUGUAGACUUGCAAGGAUGGGUGACAGCAAACGGCAAAGGUCUGACCUACCUCACCGACCCUCAGAUCCACUCCACCAGGACGCGCAGAGGCACCUCAGACUUUGCUGAGCGCGGGAUCCGCCUCUUCCUGAAGGACCAGCAUGGACCAAAAUGCAACGAGAUAUGUCAGCUGCUUAAACUUCCACCAUUGGACCCUCAGACGGCUCUGCUGUAGACAUUUUCAGAACCGUGGUUAAAUGAGCAACUGUCCCUUUGAUUUGAAUUCUGCUUAAUGGGGGAGCCGAAACUUAGAGCAGCGGUCCCCAACCUUUUCAGCGUCACGAACCGGAAUGACAACACACAAAGUUUUCACGGACCGGUCUUAAAGAAGUAGGCGGAGAACUAUUUUAACAAUGCUACGAAGGAGGUACAGACGCGUGACAAGACGAGGCGUCAUCAUCCUCUCCCCUUCCCACACUCAUGGUGCAAAACAGAAGUACUGUUUAUUACAUGUAGCUUUCUUUAUUUUGGAAGUGGAAGGCUCCUCUAAUGUCUCCUGGCUGGGAGUUUUCACCCUUGGCAAAGAAACUUUCCAAAGAUUUUUGUUUUUUCCUCAUUUUGCUAGCUCCUGGGUUUUAUUUUAGCGGUAACAGAUCACAUGACUGAUAGUGACAAAGACGGAUGUGACAGAGAAUUGGGCAAUUUCCCAAAAUAAAACAUCUUUCAGAUUCCGAAAUAAAUGAAACAGAAGUAAUGUCAUGUAAUGUCAUUUAUUCUUUCAGUGCAGCCCAGAGACACAUUUUGGGAGUUUUCAGGGAUGGGAAGUCAGCCUCCGGAGGGCUCUUCUUUAAUCUUUGCUUGGGAUCCUUAACCUUAUAGAUGGCUCCUUGAUGGAAGAUUUGUGGAUUAAAAGAAAAGAUCGCUGACUCUCAAAAUUAUGUGCAGAUUGGGGUGAUUUUGUAAAAAUAAAUGUUAAAAAAAUAAUUUCA